UAAGAUUGUGUAGAAUUUGAUUACUACGUUCUUGAAAUUCUUUUAUCGUUAAUAUGUCGCAAGAGGAAUUUCUAGAAGAUUUUAAAUCGUGGGCAGUAAAGUUGGGCUGUGAUAAAGAAGCGAUGCCAAGUGAAGAUGCUUUAAAAGCUGUUUUUAAGUCCCCUCAAAAGGAACUUUUUAAAAAUUUAAUGAUGAGAGUCUUACCCCGUGGCGAGGUAGAAGCUUUUCGUGAAAAUCUACUGAUAAAUAAAAUUGAAAAAUUGAACAAUGAAGAGGUGGUACCGCUGGCUUAUAGCAAAAGUUUUCUACCCAAGGAAAUGCAAAAAUUCCAUAGAUUAUCUGUUUUAAAUGUUAAAAAAGUCAAUUUACUGAAACGUCUAGAUGAACACAGAAAGGAAUAUGAAAUUUUAGCUGCUUCAAUUAAAAUUAAAAACAUUAAAAGUAUUAAUUUUGAGCACAACAAACGCUUAUUGCAGUCUCGAGUAGCUGUGUUUGAGUUCAAAAGUGAGUCCUUAGAUAAACAACUGGCAGAAGAAAAGGAGAAUGAAAAGCGCAUUCAAUCAACUGUUCCAGUAAAAUUGACUACACAAUCUUAUAUGGAUAAGAAAGCAAUGGAAUCGGUACUCAAGACGCUUAGAACGUUGGAAAAUUUUUAUAAAAUUACUGGAACUGAUAAUAUGAGUGCUGAAAGCACAGAAAGUCUCUGGAAAGAAAUUCGUAUCAACUUGUCUGAUAUACCAAACGCUUCAAUAUUUAAGGCUGUUAUGUAUCUUAAAGAUAAACAACUACAAAAUAUUAAAGCUAUGAAUAAACAUAUUUCAAAUAAAUCUCUCGGCUUCUUAUAUAGCCCGUCAACAAAAAAAGAGUCUUUUUCUUCGUAUAAAAUAAAAUUAGCAAAAGCGAAGGCAAGUCUCUUAGGCGUGGUAUCGAAAUAUAUUAAAGCACGAAAGGUACGCACACAGCUUGAGGAAUAUUUCGUCAAAAUUUAUAUAGAAUUUGUGGACAAGUUGCAACAUAAGUUGAAUUUGAAUACCAGCAAAAGCGAUGAGGUUGUGGAGGACAUAAUGUCGAAUUAUCUUCUUCAAUUAACCUCAAUAAACUUUUCAAACAGCGAAAAUGAAUAUCUAGAAAAACAAAUAGAACAUUUAAGGACGGAUAUCGAAAAUACUAAUAUGCAAAUACAAAAUCAUGAGGUUCUUCUUGGCUUUAUAAGGAAAGUUUAUUGCGAUAUAAAUGCAUCAGUCAAUCGCUUACAGUUUGAAAUGAUACAGCUAAGUCUAAUUAAAAGUAAGAUAGUUUAUUCUAAGAAUGUAUUGCAACAAAUGUUGAAUCAGAUGAAAUCCUCCGCUAGCACUACGAGUAGAUGGUCCAUGGAUUUGCGUAAUUCAUUUUUGCAACCACAAAAGAAAAUCAAUGAUAUCACAUUCAGUGCUGAAAGUUUUGCGAUGGGAACUGAAAACGUACUCUGCAGUACCAAAUUUGAUUUUGAUAAUACAGUGAGCUCCCUUAGCAGUAACACUCUUCUUCAGAGUUUCUGUUCUGGGGACACAACUAUCAUAAGUACUGGUACAAAUAAUAAUUUACCAGCAUAUCUGUUAGAAUUAAAUAUUUUUGCUGAGACUCCAAUUGAACAUUUUAGCCGCAUGUUCCAACAAUGUGCAUUUCACCUCUCUCCAAAUCCAAUUGUCACUGCGGCUCAAGAGCUAUCCCCAGCAGUACAAUUCACACCAGGUGCUUUAUUAACAACUUACGGAGCCUUGAAUGAAAUAAUUUCACGCAUCAAGCUAGCUAAGCACUUUGCCAGAUCUUCUGGUGUUGCCAAAUUUAAAUUGGAUUUGAUACAUA